CUUGGCUCUUCAUUCCUCCUGGGUCUCUGGGUACCUGAGCUGACGGUACCUUGGUAACCACUGCUGUGCUCGAGGUCAAGAUGAAGGUAGACGUCGCUGUUGCUUGCCUGUCGAUCGUCGGCUCCAGCCUUGCGAGCCGAGACGCUUUCUAUGGCAAGCACCUCAAGAAUGUCCCGAAACGAUUUGCGCCGGCAGAGCCGCGUGCUGAGGUUCGCGACGAAUCCACCUUCCGAUUUCUGACGAACAAUACACAAAAGUACAAGGUCGACUCGCUGCCCGACGUGCCGUUUGAUGUCGGCGAAUUGUACUCUGGACUCGUUCCGAUCAACAACACCAACACCAGCAAUGCUUUGUUCUUCAUCUAUCAGCCGACGACUGGACCGCCUGUAGACGAGGUCACUGUAUAUCUUAAUGGUGGGCCUGGCUGGUCCAGUUUCGAAUCCUUCUUCCAGGAAACCGGCCGCAUCACGUGGCAAGCUGGAACGUUUGAGCCCGUCAUCAACCCGUAUUCUUGGGUCAAUCUCACCAACAUGCUGUACGUCGAUCAGCCCAUUGGGACAGGAUUCUCCAUCGGCACUCCGACGGCCACGAACGAAGUCGAGAGCGCACAGCAGUUCAUUCAAUUCUUCAAGAACUUUGAGCAGAUCUUUGGAAUCAAGAAUUACAAGAUCUACAUGACGGGUGAAUCUUAUGCUGGCCGCUACGUUCCGUACAUUUCAGCUGCGAUGCUGGAUGCAAAUGAUACCGAGUACUACAAUUUGUCGGGAGCGCUCGUGUACGAUCCCUGCAUCGGAAAUUGGGAUUAUGUCCAACAGGAGAUUCCUCUCGUCCCCUUUGUGCAAUCGAAUCUGAACGUCAUGGGCUUCAAUUCCACCUUCAUGGCUCAUACAGAAUCCCUCUUCGAGUCUUGCGGCUACAAAGACUACAUCGAGAAGUACCUCGUCUACCCCUCGGCCGGACAGCAGCCCGCAGUCUUCUACAACUCUUCCGAAGGUCGCAACGCCACUUGUGACGUCUGGGACAUGUUUGAUCAGGCGGCAUUCGCCGUCAAUCCUUGCUUUGAUGUGUACGAUGUCUCGAAUGCUUGUCCUCUACUCUGGGACGUGCUCGGUCACCAAACGCAGUUUAAUUAUAUUCCGGCGGGUGCUCAGGUGUAUCCAAACAGGACAGAUGUGAAAACCGCGAUGCAUGCACCGGAUAUCAACUGGUAUCUGGAUCAGAAUAUGGUUCCUGUCUUUGUGGCAGACAACGGGGAAGGCGGGCCAGAAAUGCAAGGCGACACCUCGCCCGAUCCCAUCCAGCAUGUCCUUCCACAAGUGAUUGAGGCCACAAAUCGAGUUCUGAUCGCCAACGGCGACUUGGACAUGGUCAUCAUCACAAACGGGACUCUCAUGUCAAUUCAAAAUAUGACAUGGAACGGCAAGAUGGGCUUCGAAAGCAAGCCCAGUGCCGAGCUCAUCGUCGACAUUCCAGACUUGCAAUACCAACAAUGGUUCAACGGCACCUACCUUCAAGGCUGGGAUGGUCCUCAAGGCGUUGUAGGCACCUAUCACUACGAGCGUGGGCUGAUGUGGGCGGAGACGUUCCUGAGUGCACACACGCAGCCUGCGUCGCAGCCCAGAGCGUCGUACAAGCAUUUGCAGUGGCUGUUGGGGCGUAUUGAUAGUCUGUGAGAGUGCGGAGGUCUUGGAUACCUACGUACUGCUCUGUGGUUCGCGUGGGGCUGUGUUGGGUAUAGGUGAUUUUAGAGAAUGGUCACGUGAUAUUACGUAAUGUCAUGAGGCAUCAACCUAAUGCAUAC